AUGUCGGCUGUGGAAUAUUUCAAACAAGCUCCGCCCAUCAUAAGGACCAUUGCUGCCUCGGCCUUCACCCUCUCCAUCCUAGUAUACACAGGCGUCGUUCCUGGAUACUAUGUUGUAUUCUACCCCCAAACUUUAUUAUGGCUACCGCCUCAGCUAUGGCGAUUGGUCACCUCCUUCCUGAUAACAGGACCUCAACUAUCGAUCCUUUUCGACACAUACUUUUUAUACACGUAUGGAGCGAAGCUGGAAAGAUCAUCGCCGAAGUUCACCAAACCUGGAGAAUUUUUCACAUACAUCGUCUUUGUGAUGUUGACCAUUGUGGGAUUGAAUCACUUCAUCACAGGCACAACUGUCUUCACAUCAGGACUGAUUAUGGCAUUCAUUUACACAUCAUCUCAAGAUGACCGAGGGACCAUGGCCACCCUUUACAUCAUAACGAUUCCCGCACAAUGGCUCCCACUUGCCAUGAUCCUCAUAACAUUUUUGAUGAGCGGCAAGACAGCGGCGCUGGUGUCCCUGACUGGUCUCAUCGCUGCCCAUCUUCACGACUUUUUAACACGGCUGUGGCCUACUUUCGGCGGUGGUAGAAACCUGCUUCCCACCCCGGGUUUCGUCAGAAGGAUGUUCGAGACGAAGACUGCGUCUGUAACUCAUAAGAGUUAUGGAACGGCUUUUGCUCAGCCCCAGGGGCAAGGGUCUUCUAGUGGUCCAUUACCGGAAUCGUGGAAGAGCCGGGGCUCUGGGCACCGACUCGGAGGAACCUGA